CGCCUGCUAAGCGUCCAUGUGCUGUUUCCGGUCGUAGGCGGAAACACGAUUCCCAGCCACCGCUGGCACGGUAUGCAGUAGCCAGCGGUGUGGAUUUUCUUCAUAUUGCUCGCCGCGGAGCCGGUCAGCAGCCAAUAUGUCCAACAGAAACAACAACAAGCUGCCCAGCAACCUGCCGCAGUUACAGAAUUUGAUCAAGCGGGACCCGCCGGCCUAUGUGGAGGAGUUUCUACAGCAGUAUAAUCAUUACAAAUCCAAUGUGGAGAUUUUCAAAUUACAACCAAAUAAACCCAGCAAAGAACUUGCAGAGCUGGCGAUGUUUAUGGCACAGAUUGGGCACUGCUACCCAGAACAUUUAAGUAACUUUCCUCAAGAGCUAAAAGAUCUUCUCUCCUACAAUCACACUGUGUUGGAUCCAGAUCUUCGAAUGACAUUUUGCAAAGCUUUGAUCUUGCUGAGAAAUAAGAAUCUCAUCAAUCCAUCAAGUUUGCUAGAACUCUUCUUUGAACUUCUGCGUUGCCAUGAUAAGCUUCUCCGAAAGACUUUAUACACACAUAUUGUGACUGAUAUCAAGAAUAUAAAUGCAAAACACAAGAACAAUAAAGUGAAUAUAGUAUUGCAGAAUUUCAUGUACACCAUGUUAAGAGACAGCAAUGCAACUGCAGCCAAGAUAUCCUUGGAUGUGAUGAUUGAACUCUACAGAAGAAACAUCUGGAAUGAUGCAAAAACUGUCAAUGUGAUCACAACUGCCUGCUUCUCUAAGGUCACUAAGAUAUUAGUUGCUGCUUUGACAUUCUUCCUGGGGAAAGAUGAAGAGGAGAAACAGGACAGCGACUCAGAAUCUGAGGAUGAAGGACCAACAGCAAGAGAUCUGCUAGUGCAGUAUGCCACAGGGAAGAAAAGUUCCAAACACAAGAAAAGAUUGGAAAAGGCUAUGAAAGUGCUCAAGAAACAAAAGAAGAAGAAAAAACCAGAGGUGUUUAACUUUUCAGCUAUUCACUUGAUUCAUGAUCCCCAAGAUUUUGCAGAAAAACUACUAAAACAGCUAGAGAGCUCGAAGGAGAGGUUUGAGGUGAAGAUGAUGCUCAUGAACCUCAUCUCCAGAUUGGUGGGAAUUCACGAGCUUUUUCUCUUCAACUUCUAUCCCUUUGUGCAAAGGUUUCUGCAGCCCCACCAAAGAGAAGUAACAAAGAUCCUUCUGUUUGCUGCGCAAGCAUCUCAUCACUUAGUACCCCCCGAGAUCAUUCAGUCCUUGCUCAUGACUGUGGCCAACAAUUUUGUUACCGACAAGAACUCUGGGGAAGUCAUGACAGUAGGAAUCAAUGCAAUAAAAGAGAUAACAGCUCGAUGUCCUCUAGCCAUGACUGAAGAACUUCUCCAAGAUCUGGCUCAGUAUAAAACACACAAAGAUAAGAAUGUAAUGAUGUCUGCUAGAACUUUGAUUCAGCUCUUCCGAACACUGAAUCCUCAGAUGUUGCAGAAGAAAUUCCGGGGUAAACCCACAGAGGCCUCAAUAGAAGCAAGAGUGCAAGAAUAUGGAGAAUUAGAUGCUAAAUAUUACAUUCCAGGAGCAGAAAUUCUGGAAGUUGAAAAAGAAGAGAGUGAUGAAAACGAUGAAGAUGGCUGGGAAAGUGCCAGUCUCGAUGAGGAGGCAGCGGACGACGGUGAGUGGGUUGACGUGCACCACUCCUCUGACGAAGAGCAGCAAGAAAUCUCCAAGAGGCUGAACAGCAUGCCCGUGGAGGAGCGGAAAGCCAAAGCCGCAGCUGUCAGCACUAGCCGAGUUUUAACUCAGGAAGACUUCCAGAAAAUCCGCCUGGCCCAAAUGAGGAAAGAACUCGACGCUGCCCCCGGGAAAGCCCAAAAGAGGAAAUAUAUCGAAAUAGACAGUGAUGAAGAGCCCAGGGGCGAGUUACUUUCUCUUCGGGACAUUGAACGUCUUCAUAAAAAGCCAAAGUCUGACAAGGAGACAAGACUAGCAACUGCAAUGGCUGGAAAGACAGACCGAAGAGAGUUUGUGAGGAAGAAAACCAAAAUGAAUCCAUUUUCCAGUUCUACAAAUAAAGAGAAGAAAAAACAGAAGAACUUUAUGAUGAUGCGAUAUAGCCAUAAUAUCCGCUCAAAAAAUAAGCGUUCCUUUCGAGAAAAGCAGUUGGCGCUACGAGAUGCACUUUUGAAAAAGAGAAAAAGAAUGAAGUAACCUGGACAAGCAAGUUUCCCGUUCCAAGGAGAAUGCUGAAUUUAUGUCAUUUCUCUGAAAAUGAGUAAAUCAAGAAUAUUAAUUUAAAAGCCCAGAAGCACUAUAUUGUGAAAACCAAAGUAAAUUUGGUAGCAGUUUGGUGUUUUUAUUUUGGAUGUGGGUGAUGGUGGGAGUGUUUGAAACGUAAGUAGUAGUGGUCUUGUAAAAUCGUUCUCAUUUAGCGUUCAUGCAAAGAGGAAAUUAUUGAGUGCCUACUAAUUGUCACUAUAGAUAUAAAAAUAACCAUAACCCGUCACUCAAGGCAUUCACGGACUGUUUGGGGGAUGUGUGCACAGGUGUGUAUAUGUGUAUUUACCAUGCAGUGUAAAUAGUUCUCUAGUAGAGAUAGGUCCCUAUUUCUGUGGGGUCACAGAGGCCCUACAGACUUACUCUCCAGGGGAUGUGAGUUUCCUAUUCUUUUAAAACAGGACAAUGUUACAAGAGUAAGAGGUUCUUACUUGUAAAUAGGCUUACCUGCUAAAAACAGGUCCCUGCUGUACAGAUUUUGGGUAGACAAUUUAGCUUUUUUAGUCCAUCCAAAAGUUAUAAAUAUUUUUUUGAAUGCCAGAUAAAAACCUCAUUUUUUAAAUUGCCUUAAGUAUAAUAGUAAUCUUGGAGUGUAUUUAGAUCAUCAUUUAGGUUGCUCACUGUUCCAUAGAGGAAAACGAAAUGAAAUUGGUUUCCUUAGCCUUUUUCACCUUGUAGUAUUUUUAGCCCACUGUUGGCCUUGUGUCCUAAAAGCUUUCUAAUAUCUAAUAGAUACUCUUGUAUGUGUUGAGUGGCUGUGUUGGUCUCUCUUCCCUACCUAUGCUUGAGUAAAUUUCAGGGGACACAAAAGCCGUGGUCUCUCUCUUUGCAAGUUGUUGCAUUUUGAAAGCUUGGUGUCUUUUACCUCAGAUUUCUUAGAUUAUCUUGUGGUAGAUGAGAAAAUUGCUCUAUAUUACUUUAAAGUAAAAAGUAAUUUUCUGCCCACUCAGAAUUAGAAAGCAGCUUCCAAAACCACUUUUCUUAUUCUCUUUCCAGUGUCUUCUGUUCACUUUCUGAGUUCAACUUCAGUUUUAUUUGAAUGAAACUUUGUGACUUUCCCCAAGAUGCCCCAGAGCACUGGGGAUUGCUUGUGAAGAACAUAAGGUGUAAUGAUUAAAUUGCACUGGCCUGGUGAGGGGAGCUCUCAGAGCCAACCCCAGCAACCUCAGUGUUUCACAGAAAGUGUCUGAUGCAAAUUUGAAUGUUUCAGACCGAAAACUGCUCUUUUUUUCUUCUUCUUCUUUUUGCAUUUUCGAACUGAGUAGUUCCCCAUGUGUCUAGCUCAAGAGAGGUAAAUAAAAUUCAGAAUGGCGUAGCAACUAAGUCCACAGCUUUGCCGCAUGAAUUGUGAUGGUGCCUAGAAAUUUCGUCCUUCGCUAGACUGCCCCAUCCCACUUAGAUGGCAAGAGGCCAAAGUCCAGUCUGUGUUCUGACUUGUGUUCUACUGUGGCUUCACACUGCUCUUAACUGAGGUUUACAUGCAAGAUAGAAAAAUACCUGGCUUACAUGGGUGCAGUCUUAACUGUUUUAUUUCUUUAACCCCACAGUAUUUUAGUUCUGAUUCCUUUUAUUAUUUUGUGACUCUCUUGAGAAUAUUUUCUGUUUACUGUAAAUUUGAAGAUCAGAUCCUCAUAACGUUGGAUGCUGCCAGCAAAGGCAGAGUGACCUUCCAGGGUGACUUGUACCUUGAAGAAGUCACCAGGGUCUCAACUUCAGCUUUUCAGUCUCAAAUUUUUGUCAACACCAAGAAUGGAUCCAUUUCUGGGAUGAACUCACACUAAGUUCAUAAUACAUAUAAAGUGAUGUAUAAACCUAGAACACUGAUGUACAAUUAUGUAGGUGAUCUUAGCAAGUUCCAGUAGAAAAUAAGCUAUAUAACAGGCAGUCUGUUCCCUGCCAUAUCCCCAGUGCUCAGCAAACAUUUAAAACACGAUUUAGUCCCUGUCUAUUUUCUCUCUGUAAAUAUAAUACAACCUACCUCACUGAUUGUUUUGAGAAUUUUGAGAACUAAUGUUUAUAAGCACUUAGCAUGGUAUUUGCCACAAAGUAAGCAUUCCGCAAAUUUCUCAUCAAGUAUUAGAUAUCUAUUAAGUUUUUAUUUUAUCUUUUGCUUAAUUUACUUGAAAUGACAAUUGCAGUUACUACAAGUAUUUGUUUUACUCCUCAUUCAUGUGGGAGGGAACUAGUUGGAAAUACACAAAUGUAUAUUGAAUGCUCACUAUGUGCAAAGCUCUCUGCUAGGUAUUAUGUGGGUUGUUCCUUCAGGUAGAAACUAUAAAUCCAGCGGAGGAAGUAGACUUACAAAAUGACUAUAACACAAGGCCGCUUAUAGAGUGAUCAGAAAAGGCACAGCCUAGGGCUGGGGGCAUCCUGACGAAGGGGCAGUUCAACUGGCAGGAGGGUGAAAUGCCUGUUUGCUGACAAACAUGCUUGGGAUGCAUGGGGCAGUGUAGGGAAUAUAUUCCUGAAUCAUGAAAGAAAACGUUAUGGUUUAAAAGUUGGUACAGUUUUUUAAAGGUUUUGGUUAACGUAAAUUUUUUCAUUGUUUCAUAUUCUAACUCUGAAAAUUUGUAAUCUAUUAAUAUGUAAAGUGUUAUGUGGCAUCUCUGUUCACCGGAAUGUUUAAUCAGUUGGAAUAUUCUGUUCUUCAAACUACUUUGGAGAAACACUUUUUAAAACUGUUCUACCAAAUGACACCCUUGCAUUAUGUAAAAAUAAAACUGAAAAUUAACUAUUGCUUACAUAAGUUUAGAGUGUAUUAUGUGCGAUUUUAAAAAGAUAAUGAAUAUGAAUAGGAAGGUAAGAUGCUGACAUGGAGCCUUUUCUCUUUUAUAAUGAAAUAACCUUUUCUCUCCUAGUACGUAUAGUCUUUGGUCUGCAUUUGCUAGCAAGAAGAAAGCACAGCUAAUUGUGUACUAUUUAAAUACAUACAUUUGUAUAGGGCACUCCUUAUGUGGUAAUCUUAUUUCCUUCCACAGAUUCUGUUUUCAUUGUUUUGUGAAUUCAAUCUCAAUGUGGAAAUGAUUAAUAUAUGAUUUGUCCAUAUGAUGGAAUAUUAUACAGCCAUUAAAAUGUUUAUAAUAGGAAAUGCUUAUAAAUGAAAAGAACAAAGUACAAAAGGUUAUAGUAUAAUAAAUUACCUGUGAGAAAAUGGGACAUAAUAAAAGCCCAAGAGGAAAUACACCAAAUGUUACACUUGUUUUUCUUUGGUGUUGGGAUCAUGUGUGAGGUUUUUUUUCUUUCUACUUUCGAAUCUUUCUACUUUCAAAAAACAGUGUACGUGUUUUUACUUACGUCAUUGUAUAAGAAACAAAAUAUUUGAGGCCAGGA